AUGGAGGGAGGGAACAAAGUGAUAGUAACUCCUCACAGGCACGCAGGAGUGUUCAUGAUUGCUAAGGGUAGAGAUUGUACUAUUCUCACUAAGAACUUGGUCCCUGGAAAAGCCGUUUACAACGAGGAGAGACACUCUGUGCAGAACGAAUAUGGAACUGAGGUUGAAUACAGAGUUUGGGACCCUUUCCGCUCUGAUUUAGCUUCUGCAGUUAUUGGUGGUGCUGACAACAUUUGGAUCAAACCUGGUGCUAAAGUUCUUUACCUUGGUGCUGCGUCUGGAACCACUGUCUCUCAUGUUUCUGAUAUCGCUGGACCUGAGGGAUGUGUUUAUGCUGUCGAGAUUUCUGAGAAAAGUGGAAGAGAGUUGGUGAACAUGGCAAAGACGAGACCUAAUGUGACUCCAAUCUUUGAAGAUGCUCGAAAUCCUGCUAAAUACAAAAUGCUUGUGAGCAUGGUUGAUGUCAUAUGCGCUGAUCUUGCUCAGCCAGAUGAGGCUAUGAUAUUAGCUCACAAUCCAUCUUUCUUCCUCAAAAUGGGAGGUCACUUUUUGUUGAUAAUAAAUGCCGAUAUAAUCACUUAA